AUGGCAGGAGCUAGCAGCAUCGCUGCUCAGCUUGCGCAGUAUGCGUACUCGCCCGCCAAAGUGAAAAGUGAGCCGUCGCCAGCACGCGGGGCGCAGCGCGGCGUUCCGGAAAGUGGGCCGUCGACCUCGGCCAGGCGACUUCAAAACGCGCUGGCGAGUGCCAGAGCCAGCACGGGCGAUGUGGAUGUCAAGAUGGAGCCUUUAGAGGACGAAGAGACGCCUGAUCCUCCACCUGCUCGUCGCUCGGCGCGCAACUCGCAGCAAAAACGGCUACGCGACUCCGAUGCGAGCGACUUUGCGCCCUCCGACUCGGACACUCCCACCCGCCAGUCGCCCUACUUCAGCAGGACCGGCGAAGUCCGCAUGGAUGACGAUCCCGAGACACCCUCGACACCCACGCGCUCGCGCAGGCGGCGCGACGAUGGCUCGCUGGAAGACUUUGGUUGGAAGAAGCCGCGCCGCUUCGCUUCACCGUCGCGAUACGCACACCUGCCCGCUCUGUCCGACGCCCUGCGGCCUGGCCUCGACAUUGUGUUUGUGGGCAUCAACCCGGGAACGAGGAGUAGCAAGACGGGCCACUUCUUUGCGCACCCGACCAACAAGUUUUGGAAAGCACUGCAUGGGGGCGGGUUGACCCCGAGGCUGUUGACGCCCGAGGAGGACGUGACCUUGCCGGACGAGUACAACUAUGGCAUGACAAACCUGGUGUCGAGGACGACUGCAGAGCAAGCCGAACUGUCUGGCCACGAGAAACGCGUCGCCGUGGCCCCGCUGGCGACCAAGAUGGCGCUCAACCGUCCCCGUGUUGUCUGUUUUGUCGGCAAGAUGAUCUGGGACGUGUUUGCGGGCGUCGCCAAGCGGUCCAUCCCAAAAGUGUCAGCCAAGAACGAGCCCUCGCCCUCCCCCCAGUUGGCUCGCGUCGUCGAAUACACUCUUGACAGCGGCGGGGCGGUGUCACGCGAGCAAGAUGAGGACGCACUGGUCAAGAUUGAGCCAGGAGAAGCACCCGCAGCACCCAAGCGCGGCAAGGCCAAGGCCAAGGGCAAGAGCACACCCAAGCCGAAACCCAAGGCCCCGCCAUUUAUCUUUGACGCGCCGCAACCUCUCCGCCUGGCGGUCUCGGGUCCCGAAGGCUACGUCUACUUUUGGGUCGUGCCCAAUACGUCCGGCUUGGAACGGACCAAGCUCGAACAGCAGGUCGUGUACUUUGACGCUCUGAGGGCCUUUGUCGAAACUCUCAAGGCUGGCCAGGUGCCAGAGGGCGAGUUUGUGGAUGUCACCGCCGAGGGAAUCGAGAGGGUCGUAGAGGCGAUACGCGAGAAGGGAGAGUGA